AUGGCAGACACGGCACAAUCGCAACCGCGACAACAACCACAACCUGAGGUGAAGGCGGGAACGGAGCCACAGACGAUAGUCACCGCCAUCGUACAACCAGAGGGCCCAGAUGCUGAGACCACCGAGCCCAUUCCUGUCGAGGUCGAUCUGAAUCAGGUCUACACAUUCGACGAACUGGUUCUGCACAACAAAGAUGGGGACUUGUGGCUGGCGAUCGACGGGACGGUGUAUGAUCUGACCAAGUUCUCGGGGGAACAUCCUGGAGGGAAGAAGAUCCUCCUUGGUGUAGCUGGCACGGACGCGAGCAAGAAGUACCGCAAAUACCACGGCGACAAUAUUCUCAAGCGCUACGCGUACGAGUACAAAAUUGGGACGCUGAAGAUAGAGGUCAAGGAGAAGGAGUCAAAGGGGUUCUUCUCGAGGUUCAAGAAGAAGAAAUAG